UCUUUUAUCAAAAAGGAUACCUUUGGGGUUUUUCACAUUCUAAUCAUCAACAUUGGUAGUAUGGUCUGCUUUCGUGCCGCAUCAUCCAAUGGGGUCCUCUGCUUUGUAUGGUCUGCUUUCGUGCCAGCUUUGCUAGAGAAUGUGUUGGCCUCCCCCCCUUUUUUUUUAGAUAAGAUUUUUCUGUCUGCAUGGCAUUUAAUUGGCAUGUUUACGUCAGGUCCCAUAGCUAGGUGAUAAACACUGAAAAUACAAAUUUUGUAACCCACUUAUUUUGUUCUUAAUGAAUUAAUAAAGCCCUUAUUUUAUUAUAA